AUGACUUAUCCCACUACGCAUCCUUCUGCUUUACUUUUGGAGGAGCACCCGCUGCUUUAUUUCGUUGCCCACUCUUCAGCUGUCUCCGGCUUGAACACCCGGACGGUGAUCGACCAGGUCGGAAAGGUAGGAAAGGAAGCCGUCCUCUCGCACACUUCGAUAUGGCUAAUUGAGACAAUGUCAAGAGCUGCUCUCGGACGUAGUGCAUUGAAUGUCAGGCUCUCGGAAGUGGAAAUGUGGCCUGGCCUCGGUCUCACUAGCCCCUCCAGCAGAACUCAACCACGAGGCCUAGCGGCCAGCAAACAACCAUACAUACAGACAGGUAGACAGAUAGGCAUACAAACAGACGAAUAA